AUGCUAGCGGACUCCUUAGAAAAGGCACAUGCCGGAGCCAUCAAGGUAGCAACAAGGAAGUCUGACGUUUUCAAAAUAAAGCAAAGAGAGAACGAGAUGUUACUGGAAUUCGUGUCCCGCUUUCAGAUGGAACGGAUGGAGCUACCACCUGUCUCCAACAACUGGGCAGUACAAGCCUUUACCAAAGGCCCGAACGAACGAAGCUCGGUGGCUUCGAAGCAGCUGAAACAGAACCUGAUCGAGUAUCUGGCCGUGACCUGGUUGGAUGUUCACAACAGGUACCAGUCGAAGAUCAGAGCCGAGGAUGACCAGUUGGGGGACCCUUCGGGCUCAGUAUACCCAAACAGGCUCCUGGCGAAGGAACCAAAGCCAAACAAAGAAAGGUAUCAACCAUACCUCGAGGAGAGGAGGAACGCCCCGAGGCGCAACCUACCCCGCAAUGAUCGGAGGGAAGAUCGAGGACAGGACCCUCGAGGGCUCAUCAAUAGAGUCAGGAUCGAUCGACAUGUAGUACCAACAUGUGCACCCCACCUGUCAGAAUACAAAUUUAACAUCGAUGUGUCAGACAUGGUGUUCGCUAUCAGUAAGAUCAGAGAUGUUAAAUGGCCCAAACUGAUACAGUCAGAUCCUUCAAAAAUGAAUUACAACUUAGUAUGCGAGUUUCACAACACGCACGGCCACAGGACCAAGGAUUGUCAUCAACUACGAGAGGAGGUAGCUCGGCUGCUUAACAAAGGGCAUCUCCGAGAGUUUCUUAGCGAUCGAGCCAAAAAUGAGUUCCGAGAAAGGGAGGCAACCAAGAAGAGCAAGGCAAAUGAGCCACAACAUGUCAUCCACAUGAUCAUGGGGGCGCCGAUGCCCCGCAGGAACCCAUAA